AUGGAGGAGGGGAGGGUUCCAGACCCUCCUGGUCCUCCAAGGCUACGGCCCACGAUUUACGGGGCGGCCCAUGGCGAACACCUGCCCAGGAAGGUGUCGGCCGUGUCCAUCGCGAGCAGCGGUCGCCGGCGGAAACGGGCAUCAGAGUACGUGAGUGAAGAUUCCCCCUCCCCUCUACCUGAGAGAACCCCAGAGUCCUUCAUUUUGGCCACAGACCCAUCAGAGUUGAAGGCACCAGGACCAUCAGACUGGAGUAUCUCGGAGGACCAGUCAGGAAAAGGAGCAGGUUUUCCUCAGGAGCAGAGGAGUACACAGGCACAGACAGCAGAGAGAGAACCAUCAGGAGAGAGGAGUAAGAAGAUUUCAGAUGCAGCAGGAGUGGAAACAUCACCUGCCAACACCACAGUAGCAGACAGCUCAGCAGAGAGCAAGGCUUCCUCCGAGAUGGGAUACGGUAACCGCUGCACACAACCCAAAGGCCCCAGGAACCCCUACACAGUGGACAUGAUCAUGGCUUCUACCUAUAGCCCCCUUCACUGCCCCCUCCCACCCUCCAAGUCCUCCUGGAUCUUCACCUUGUCUCUUACAAGGGCCACUGUGUAUGAAGGAGAUGAUUUGGGUGCUGUCCCAUCCUUGGACACCGACAUCUUUCCUAACUCAUAG